AUGGCGGAGUCUCAUGUCGCCAAUGAGCCGCAGGUUGCGCCGCAUGUGACAGUGACCAAUACCAGCAGCACGUCGGGUAUAGAGGACAUUCGCAAGAGAUACCGCAUCGGCAAGAAAAUUGGUAGCGGUCGGUUUGGAACGGUCCACGAGGCGGUUGAUAGGCACACAGGCGUCCACGUGGCAGUGAAGACGAUCCCUAAGGACAAAUACAAAUGCGCCGCGCUGUCGAUCUUCCGCAAGAAGGACAAGGCGGAGGCGGAAUCCACUCUCCGCCUGCUCCGCGGAGAGGCGGAAAUUAGCCAGGCGAUCGGCGGAAAGCAGGGGGAAGGGCAGGCGGAAGGGCAGGCGGAAGGCCGGUCGAAUGUGGUGGAGGUGUUAUCUGUGAUAGAGGGGCGGCGCCACAUGUACAUAGUCAUGGAGCUAUGCCGCGGCGGCUCGCUCGCUAGUUACCUCGAGAAGCGGCGGCGCGGCGAGGUAACGGGCCUCGCACCUGCUGCCCCGACCGCGAUCGAAUCGUCUGCCGUGGAUCGCGGCCAUGCGGGGAACGCAGGAGGGAAGCUAUUGGCGCACGAGCAGGGCGCGGAGUCGGAGGGGGAGGAGGAAGCGGAGUCUUUCGCCCACCGCCUCCGUCAAUUCAGCUCCGACGAUCUCUCCGCGUCCUCCUCCGCGUCAGACGUGGGGAGGGAGAGCGACGACGAUCACGACGCAGUGACCGCGGAGAGCCGUCGUGAGGCCGCAAACCACGCGAUCUCCCCCGCUACAUCCGCCGCUACCGCCGGUUAUUCCGCCCUGGCGUUCCUCGAGCGCGGCGCGUACGGCGCGGCGCGACGACAGCAGCAGGAGCGGGAGGACGAGGCGGCCUUGAGCAGAGACGGCGGGGUUUCGCUGAAGAAGCGCGUGGCGCUCGUUAGUGUCACGAGCACGCUGCAGCGGUCCGCGUCGCGUAGAAUCACCCCCGUUGCAAGCAACCCCUCGUUAGACGAGCUGUCAGGGGAAGAGGAGCACCAGCAGCAGCAGGUGCAGCACCAGCGGCUGGUUCUAGCUGAUUUCGGAUUGGCCGAGAGGGUCAAGGAGGACGGCACAGUGCGGCGCGGAAUGGUGGGCAGCCCUGCUUACAUCUCUCCCGAGGUCGCUGGAGGGUUGACUACCAGUUACCCCUCGGAUAUAUGGGGUAUUGGCAUCUGCCUCUUCCUAACCCUUUCCGGCGGGCAGUUACCCUUUUCGGGUCGCGACACGAGGGCGCUUCUGAGGAAUAUCCGUAGGGUGGCGCUGCCAAUGGGAACAGCGGCAUGGAUGGGUGUGUCGAGCGAAGGGAAGGCGGUGGUGAGGCAGCUGCUGUCAGCAACGCCCAGUGAUAGGCCGUCUGCUCAAGAGGUCAUGGAGUUGCCGUGGGUGGUGGAAGGGAGGAGCAGGUGGCUGCAGAGGCACUAUGGGCAAUAA